AUGCGUCGUCAGUCGCAUCACAUCGAACCCUCCGUGUUUCUCCAGGUAUUGGUCCACUCUGGUCAGGAACACGCGGAGGAACACGCGGAGGUGCACCCGAUACUGAGGUGGCAUCUAAGAUUACCACGCUGCAACGAUGGGGCAUGGCGGGCUGUUCUCCGGCAGCGCAAUCCGGGCUCGUCUUUGUAUCCGAGGCCAGUGGACGUUGUGGGUGGUCCAGUUACCGCAUCCUGGCGGCACGGCAGAGGGUUUCGGCUGUUGCCACAAUGGAAGGAUACGCCGCCUGCUUCCGGGGGCUGGCGUCUCGCAGGAUUCAUGAUGCUUAGGGAAUGCACCCAGACAACGACCAGGCAAUGCACUGCCUACGCCACCUCGUCUGCAUGCUUCAUAUCCAAUCCCUCACCUCCCGGCGCCUCCCACGACGCCCAUUCCGAGGGCUCCGACCCCCAGGUCCCGAAAACCGGGGCCGGGCCCGGAAGCGGUCUCCACCAGCCACCAACUGAUGCCCCAUGCGCACUACCGGCCAGAAUCACCACCAAAGUGCCCUUCCAAGAUGGCUGGCCAUGGCAAUGUCGAAGAACCAAACAAACCACCCUUGCUCGAUUAACAAGCCCUCCACCCACCCUCAAGCUCCGUCCAAUGGCAUGGCCGUCGUUUCCCUUGACCACAAAUUGUCUCAUCUUUCCUGCCGCCACACCCCUCAUUACCCCCGUCGCAGAAUUGCCUCACACACAUUCGCUGGUUGCUGCCACAAGACGCCAACCGGCACCUACCCCGGUCAGCCCCGCUCGGCCCCGAGCUUUCCUGCGAACCUCCGCUCGGCUACCGACGCGAUCCACGGCCAUCUCCCGCGCCUACCCAUCUUACGACGUCUGGGCCACGAACAAAAACCACUUCCCCCCCAACGCCCUCGCCCGCGCGUGGGUCUCCCCUCUCCUCGAGAUCUCGAUACCCUCGGCUCGACUCCAUUUUACCAUGGGUGCUGGUGGCCCUUGCUCGUGCCCUUGGUCGCUUCAACAGUGGCUCGGGAAUCCAUCAUCACUUACAGCCCCAACCCAGCAUCAACACCAUCACCAGGACCUCGCAACGUCGGGAACCAGCAAGGCUGUGUGCCCUCAACAAACGUUGGCGGUGGGAGCUUGCUUGCUCGCCCAGCAUUGCUCGCUCAAUAAGGCAUGUCCAUCCAUGUCCUUCAUCUGGCGCCAGUCGGCUCGGCCUCAUCAACGGACUGCCGAAAACAUUGUCCGCUCCAUCCUUGAGAUCGCCGGUAGCCCUCCUAGGUCCUGCCCGGGGAUACUUUCCCAGGCAAUUUCCAAGUCAUGUGAUCCACUUAGUCGGCUUCUCGUACCAGGAAAUAAUUCGAGAAGCCGGAGGGAGGUAAGUCAAGUCUUCUAA